AUGUCGCCAGGACCGCGCAAUCCGGAGCAUCAGCACGACAUUUUGCCAAAUACAUUGCUUGCUCUUGUUCCCGAUCGAAAGCAACUCGAGCAUGCGCGUUUGCAGCGUGUGGCUGCACGCCAUCGCGAAUGCUCGACCACAAAACGUCCUCGAUUUGACUGCAAGCACGAUGAUACACUCGCCAGCAGUAUGAGUUACGAAGCGCAGGACGAGAAUUUCUUGCCGCGAAAACGAUUUGCAACUGAGCCGACGCAGCGAUAUGUGCCAGUCACUCCCAAUGACCGCUUCUGGAGUGGUGCUAUCAAAGUAUGUACCAGUCACACGAAACUCACAAGCACAGGCAACCUAUAA